AUGAACUUCAAGAAUAUUUUCCUGUCCUUCUUCCUUGUCCUGGCCGUGGGACUGGCCCUGGUCAAUGCCGAACAGGCGAAGGAGCCCCGUGGUCCUAAGAUCACCAACAAGGUGUACUUUGAUAUUGAGCAUGGUGACAAGCCUCUGGGCCGCAUUGUGCUUGGGUUUGCUCUGGCCACUGGCGAAAAGGGAUUUGGCUAUCAGGGCUCUACCUUCCACCGUGUCAUCAAGAACUUCAUGAUUCAGGGUGGUGACUUCACCCGCGGCGAUGGCACCGGCGGCAAGUCCAUCUAUGGCAACAAGUUCGAGGACGAGAACUUCAAGAUCCGGCACACCCGCAAGGGUCUCCUUAGCAUGGCCAACGCUGGCAAGGACACCAACGGAUCCCAGUUCUUCAUCACCACCGUUCCUACCUCUUGGCUGGACGGCCGUCACGUCGUGUUCGGCGAGGUCCUUGAAGGCUACGAGAUUGUUGAGGCCAUCGAGAACGUGCCCAAGGGCCCCGGUGACAAGCCCCAGCAGGUGGUGAAGAUUGUGAAGAGUGGCGAGCUCGAGACUGAGUCUGAGGCGGAGGCAGAGGACAAAGGUACCCCACACGAGGAGCUGUAG